UUUCGAGUGGUGGCGGGCGGAUUACUCCUUUACAUACUCUUUGAUAACGCGUCUGUUCCACCAUUGGCUGGCGGACACAUAUCCCACAAUCCACCGCUCUACAACUUCCUUUUUCCUUUCGGCCAUUUUCCUCCCUCGUAGGGAAGUAGGCAGCCAUGGCCCCCAGCCGGAAUGGAAUGCUCCUGAACCCUCACUUCCACAAGGACUGGCAGAAAAGAGUGCGCACCUGGUUCAACCAGCCAGCCCGCAAGAUCCGCAGGCGAAAUGCUCGUCAGGUGAAGGCCCGUAGCAUUGCUCCUCGUCCUGUUGCAGGACCACUGAGGCCACAGGUCAGGUGUCCCACUAUCAGGUACCACACAAAGGUUCGCGCCGGACGUGGCUUCACCCUGGAGGAGCUCAAGGCGGCUGGCAUCCACAAAAAGACAGCCCGCACCAUCGGCAUCGCUGUUGACUCCCGCCGUCGUAACAGAUCAACAGAGUCUCUUCAGGCCAACGUGCAGCGUCUGAAGGAGUACCGCUCCAAGCUCAUCCUGUUCCCCAGGAAGGCUUCUGCCCCCAAGAAGGGAGACAGCACUGAGGAGGAACUGAAGAUGGCCACUCAGCUCACAGUUCCAGUCAUGCCCAUCAAAACUGUUCACAAGAAGGAGAAGGCCCGGGUUAUCUCAGAGGACGAGAAGAACUUCAAGGCGUUUGCCAGCCUGCGUAUGGCCCGCGCCAAUGCUCGUCUUUUCGGCAUCCGUGCCAAGAGAGCUAAGGAGGCUGCCGAGCAGGACGUGGAAAAGAAGAAGUGAGAAGAAAAAACUUUGCAAAAUAAAGUGUCUAAAAAAAGA